AUGCGGAACCCACUUUUCAGCGCUGUGGGACGGCACUUACGCGGAAUACUGUUAUCUUUCAUUUCCCUUCCUCUAUGGUUUGGCAAUAUCCGACGUUCUCUUGGACUUUUGGAUCCUAGUCCUGCCACUACCCAUUCAGCUCUUACGUCUUCGAUUAAACCUCCCAAAGAAGCUAUCCGUCAUCGGUAUCUUCCUAUUAGCAUUGAUGUGAGUACUAGCCAUGGAAAUAUCGGACCCGGCCGCCGAAUUGACAACAUAUACAGCGGCCUGGGUGCCUCAAUUGCUCGCAUGGUCAAGUACAUCGAGGUCGAACUUGGGGGAUAUUCAGCCCUUAUCAGUGACCACUAUCGUACGGAGACGCAGGCCUAUUAUUUCUUAAUGCUCGAGGCCGGUUUGUCCGUGGUCGUUGCCAAUCUCCCCUCUUUAUGGCUCUUUUUCACCUCUAUACUGCCUGAAAAGGUCGCGAACAGUGUUCAUAGCAUUUCUUCGCUUUCGUCGCUAGAAUUGCCGUGGCGCAGCGACCGGGGCAGCAACUCCAGCGCAAACGCCGCAGGUCACGAUGCAUCAAUAUCCAUUAAUAAUAGGUGCCUCGAUGUUUCUUCUGGCCUAGCGCAGAUAAGUCAUUGCCAUCUUGUAGUCGAGCAGUCGCUUCAUGACAACCCAAAGGGCCAGGCUUUUGAGGCAAUCAAGCUACACAAUGUCGCUAUUGGGGGAUCGCAAGAACAAAUGAGGUCGGUGGCUGAGGGGCAAAUCAUUGUCGAGAAUACUAUAAGGCUCGCAUUAGUAUCUAUCUACGUUCUAGCUCUACGAUUUUCACUCUUUGCAACCUCUUUGGAUUCCAUCUACGGAAACCAUCAUCAUUCAUGGCAUACCUCUCAGCAUGAUUGA